CAAGUCUUACAACUUGGCCGACAAAAAUGUUCACGAAACGGGCCCCUGAUGCAGAAUGUAAGUCUGGUCCAAAAGGGCGUCAAGUAUCAUGCCAAAAUUCGACUUUUGACCCAUGCAUUUUAUUCCUCGGAUAUCCAGUGAAGUGUGUCAUCCAGACUAUGAAGACAUUAGAAGCAGACAUCAUUUUAUUCGGGUACAAAGUACAAGGUGAUGAGAACAAUGUCAAAAUCGGGGGUAUUGGAGUUUUCAUUGUAAAAGAUUUAGCAUGAGCUCAUUAUUCAGAUUCAUUCGAUGUGAAACCGCAAACUUUAACGUGGAAAAUGAUGCUGAUAUUACCCGGUGAUAGAAUCACCUUCUUUCAAGCCAAACGGGUGUACUGGAAUCUAAUCAUAUGACUUGAAACUAGAUUAAUUUACAUCCCUAGCUAGCCAGUGCUAGUUUGUGUUUAAUCGAAAGGGCGGAACGGUGUGACCUCCGUUGUUGGUCUUUAGUUGCUUAGGUUAAGGCGAUCAAAACUUUAUCUAGGAGUCGUCGAGAAAGAAAUCUAAUCAAGAAUGAUGUUUGCUACAUCGAAACUGACUGCUAUAACGGCUUUUAUAGCUAGUAUGGUGUUCUGUAACAUCCUUGCUUCAACUUCGUCUCCCGCAGAGUGUGCACCGAGCUGUAAUUGCACAAGAGUUCCUUCCAACGAUGUUUGCAAACCACUUCUGAGCUCGUCCAAGAAUGAUCAUGUCAAGUGCAUCUGCCCAGAAAACGGACUGAUACCUGACGAUUUUCUGGAUGUACUUUGUCUUGAUGUAGAGUUUGAAGGUCAAGCUGUACUUGACAGUGGAUCUUUCAGCAUGAAUAAUUUCAGCGACCUGUACGUUUUAACAAUCUCUGGCGUUCAGUAUAUCAAAGCAGGUGGUUUCAGAGCAGUGGCCAGUACAGUACAUAUUCUUUUUAGAAACAUGUCUCUUGACGUUUUUGAGAAGAGUGUUUUCAUGUACCUGAAGCAACUUCUAGAGAUUCGUGCUGAUAAUAAUUACAUUAGUGUUCUGAAGGAUGGAUGCUUUGAAGGUCUUACCCAGACCCUUAAGCUCAAUUUAUCAUAUAAUUCUAUAUCGAGUGUUUCCAGGGAUAACUUCCUUGGACUGACAAUGUUAGAGACACUCGAUCUUUCAUGGAACAUCAUCGUUCGACUCGAACCAAGAACUUUCGAACUGAUGCCAAAACUUCAAACACUGAACCUUGCUUCAAACGUCAUUGUACGAAUCGACCGAGGUACCUUUCUGAAUUUGAACCAACUGGGAACACUCAAUCUUGAUGAGAACCAAAUCAACGUUCUUCCAGAGCCACGUGUCUCGGAAUCAAAGAGUCAACCAGUUACCGUAAUCAUACGCCACAAUCCUCUACGAUGCGAUUGUCGCAUGAACUGGGUAAACUCUUGGAUUAAGACCGAGGGUCCACAAAUCUCUGGUAGUUGCGAAUAUCCGGAGACGGUCAAAGGAGACACAUUGAUCAAAGCUUACGAAGAACCGAUGCCACAAUGCAAAGGCAAUAACUCCAAGAUAUUUGUAGGUAAAGGGAGUAUGGCCAUACUGACCUGUCCAUUUGUUUAUGCGUCCUGGGUUGUUCCUGGUAUGCCUAAUGAUACUCUCCAGGACUCAGGGCAGAGCGACAACCAUUAUUUCCUGACCAAUCGUGAUUCACUCGUGGUAUGGAACGCCCAAAAGCAACGAGAAGGCGUUUACACAUGCACCACAGAAGAUGGAGAAGAAUCAAUGGUCUACGAUCUUUUUAUUUACUCCAAACCAAAUAUUUUGUUGAUCUUUUUUAUCAUUUUUGUCAUAUUGUGCCUUUUAUCAAUUUGUUACAUUUUGUACCGUCACGGUUGCUUUAAUAAAUGUCAAAUAAAUGGAUACAAGGACAUGGCCGACCAGAAUGAUGGGAACAUAAGAUACGUUAAUAACCAAAUCAUGCCACCUCACUCUUAAAAAUAUUGGGCAAUAUAUACUGUCCACACAACAAUUGGUCAAAACUUUAUCCAAUUCUGGUUAGUUUUAAACCAACAAUGUGUGCUUUGGCUGAAAACUACACAGUAUUGGUUGAAAACUACCCAGAGUUGGAUAAAAUAUAUCAACCAAUUGUUGUGUGGACAUUAUGUCGCCCAACAUUUUAAGAUUGUAUGGCUUGUUGCUCCUGGUCGGGGCGAACCCAAAGACUUAAUAAUUUUGAAUAAUAUUUGUUUCUGAAAGCCUUAGCAUGUUUGAUGUAAAGAGAUAUCAUAUUCUAUAUAGAAUGAUAAAUUCUCGCGUACUUUCAAAUUUUUGACCAGCUGGUCUAGCGCGGCUGCGAGAAAACGAACAUCUCGUAUCACCUACUGGACUGAAGAAUUUGAAACCAUUAUCAAUAUAGAAUGAAGAGGAAAAUGUUUCUUUUCACUUGGUACCAACUAUUCUUGUGGUGUUAUUAUGGUGAUGUCCUUAUGAUAUUUCGGAAAUGGGUGGUGAUUGGAAUUGUGUAUUGGAUACAAAGAAAGGUGUUCAGGGUAGUCAAAGUUCAUAUUAUAAAUCACCGCAAAAAUUAAUUCAACUUUGUAAACAAAGAUCAAGAAGAUUGACAGAUAUUUGGAGAAAGACCCAUUUAGAUACGAAACAAUUUACCUGGAGAAAUUUAUAUAUAUCAUCUUUAUUCGCCAAAUAAUGUGUAACAUAUAUGUGGCACUUCUAUAAAAAAAAAAUUGAAUACACAAAUAGGGAGAGAAGAUGGGGUAAAUUGAAACUAAGUAAUACAUAAAAAUUCUAUCAACUGACCAUUUUCUUCCCUACUUAACGUAUUACAUACACUUUCCAGGGGGCCGUUUCAUAAAGCUGUUCGUAAGUUAAGAGCGACUUUAAGAACGACUGGUAUCCUUUCUUACGCGCUAAACCAUCGCCAAUGAAUAUACCAUUUACCACAAGAAAGGAUCACCAGUCGUUCUUAAAGUCGCUCUUAACUUACGAACAGCUUUAUGAAACACCCACCUAAAUCUCUUACUAGCUGCUAUAAGUUCUUUCAAAACAUUCACAUCCAUUUCUUUACAAGCCUUGACAUCACAGUUCUUACUCUUACUACUUUCACUAUGAAAAUAUUGCAUCUCGUUUAAAUUAUGACAAAGAGUUGAGAAAGUUUACCAUAUUUUAAAACCUUUCUCAUGAAUCCCGAACCAGUCUCCACAAUUACGUCAUAAAACUUUUGAAAUCUAUAUCUUAAAGCAUUCUCAAGAGAAUGACAAUCAGACAGUAAAGCUACCAAAUCACAAUGAGUCAUAUUAUUAAAAAAUCUGAUCUGAGAAUAUUAAAUUUACAUCAAAUAUUUUAAAAGGAGGAGGAUGUUGGAAAAUAAAUACAGAGGUGUUAAAAGAAAAAUGUUAUCUAGAGAAAAUGAGAUUAUUAAUCAAUAAUACUAUAGAAAGUACAAAUUUGUCUCCUAUGCAGAUAUGGGAAAACACAAAGAUCAAAGCACGUGAUCUCAGUGAACAGAAAGAAUACGUUUGUAUCAGAACAGAAGUGGAACAAAUAUAUGAAAAAAGAGUUUCAAGAGUCAGGUUGUUACAAAAGGUUAAAAGUGUACAAGUUAUUUUUUAGGUUUUUGAGAAAUAUAAUUCAGAACGAAAAUAUAUUGCCCAAUCAUUAUCUGUAAACAAAGAUAAAUAUUUUACUAAACAAAAAGAAAUAUUACAGGAAGUUGUAAAGUUUUAUUCUUAUAGAAAAUCUGAGUUUAAUAAAACUGGGAGAAAUAAUUUCUUCAACUCGAUACAUGUUCCAAAGCUGAGUGAUGAGGAAAGAAAUAAAUGUGAAGGAUUGUUAACAAGUGCCGAAUGCAAACGUGCUGCUUUUUCUAUGAAUAAAAACAAAUCACCUUGUCUGGAUGGUAUUCCCAUAUAGAGUUUUACCAAACCUUUUGGAACGACAACAAAUAUAUUUUAUUGAGCGCUCUUUAUGAAUACUUUACAAAUGGAGAAAUGUCUGAAAGUCAGAAAGCUGGUCUUAUCACAAUGAUUUAUAAAAAAGGAGACUAUAUAAAUCUAGAAAAAUGAAUGCCAAUCUCGCUUUGAAAUUGCGAUUAUAAAAUAAUGGCCGCAGUUUUGGCCAAACGAUUGCAAUCGGUUAUUGGACAGAUCGUUAACGAAGAACACACUAGAUAUAAAAAUGGAGCUUAGCUCCAUGGUUAUGUAAAACAUCUCCUAUCUGCUUACAAUAUACGUCUUUCAAUUGAUGUUAUUGAAUUUAUGAAAAGAAAAAUUACAUAAAUGGUGCUAUAAUGAUGGCAGACUUUUCUCAAGCUUUCGAUGUAAUAGAUAUUAAUUUUGUGUCUUCAUGUCUGGAAAAAUGAAUUUCGGAAACGAUUUUCAGGCAUGAAUAAAAAAUAUUGUACACAGAUAUAUUUGAAGCUCAGUAUUCAUGGUAUUAGUAAAUUGCUAGAUAUUAGAGUCUGUUUCAAUACAAAGGGGAAUCAGACAAGGUUGCCCACUUUCAGCAUUACUGUUUGUCCUCGCAGCAUAAUUCAUGUCUAACAAAAUAAGAAAUAAUGACUACAUAAAAGGUAUACCUGUUUUGAAACCUGAUGAUAAUUGUGAGAUCAAAAUACUUCGAUACCAUGUUCUUUGAGUCAGAUAAAAGAUCACUAGAAUUGAUAAAUGAAAGAACUUGAGUUAUUUGGAUAUGGAGCAGGUCCAAAACUUAAUAAAACUAAAACAGUUAUAAUGUGGGUGGGGGAAGUAAUUACAAAUGGCCACUCGAUGAUAUGAGUCUGUCAUGGACAGAUAUUCCGACAAAAUAAAUAGGGUUUUACAUCUCACCUGAUAUAGAAAAAGCACGCAACUAAGAAAAUAAAGUAACAAAAUUGCAAAGAUUAUUAGAUAAUUUGAGAAAAAGAAAGCUUGCUAUUUUGGGAAGAGUAAUCACUGUCAAAGCUCUAGGUUUAAGUCAGGUAGUUCACAUUUUCAUGGUUGAUAAAAUUAUUUAUGAGAAAAUGUUAAAAAGACUAAAUUCUUUAGAUACAUACUUUUAUUUGGCAAACAAAGAUGGAAAAGGUGAAAAGAACUAUAAUGACCAAGAAACUGGACAAUGGAGGGGCCGACAUGAUAUACUGUAUAUAUCCAAAAUUGAGCUUUCGACUAAGAUGGCUGGGGCGCACUCUUGCGUCAAGUAAAGGAAUUUGAUGUAAAUUUAGUUUAUAUUGGUUUAAUAUUUUAGGUGGUUUGAAACCACUCCAUAAUUCAGACUGAUGCUUCGAAUGUAAAACAUAUAUUCAAGCACCAACUUCCAGACUUUUACAUUGGUAUAUUACAGGCCUGGUUAAAGAUAAGGAAUAAUGCUUGUUUAAAAUAACACCAUAAAGUACAUGGAGUACCAUGCGAAAUUUUGUUGCACAAUAAAAAUGUAACCUUUCGCAACAUCACCCUAUUUUUUAAAGGAUGGUAUAGAUCUGGGAUAGUAUUUUUGAAAGAUAUUCUCAGGAAUGAAAAUUUCUUCCCUUCUUAAAUCGCAGAGGAGUAAGCAAAGAUUGAUAUUUGACUAGACUCUACUACGCCAGGCUAUCCCUAAAAUUUGGAUAAAUAAUAAUGCAACAGCCUGAAUCGCAAUAAUAAAUCUUCAUUAGAAAUUCCCAAAAUAAAUGUAGGAGCCAAAAAUCAAAUUAAAUAUAUUCAUGAUAUUUCAAGUAAACAAUUCUAUAGACUCUUAUCUUAUGAUGCAUUGGGAACAGAUAAUUGGGUCACCACUUGACUGGACAAAACAACUUGCAUUACUGUAAAGAAAAUUCUUCCCUUCUUAAAUCGCAGAGGAGUAAGCAAAGAUUGAUAUUUGACUAGACUCUACUACGCCAGGCUAUCCCUAAAAUUUGGAUAAAUAAUAAUGCAACAGCCUGAAUCGCAAUAAUAAAUCUUCAUUAGAAAUUCCCAAAAUAAAUGUAGGAGCCAAAAAUCAAAUUAAAUAUAUUCAUGAUAUUUCAAGUAAACAAUUCUAUAGACUCUUAUCUUAUGAUGCAUUGGGAACAGAUAAUUGGGUCACCACUUGACUGGACAAAACAACUUGCAUUACUGUAAAGAAAAUAGACUGAAAGAAUUCAAUUUUAAGAUCAUAUAUAAUUUAUUGUCAGUAAGAAAGAAUUUGUUUGAAUUGAAUGCUAUAGCAGAUGGAAGAUGCCUGCAUUGUUGCGUGGACGAAGAUAAUGUACAUGCGUUCGUUGAGUGUAAUCUAAAUAAGAGAUUUUUCCCUAUAUUUGACAUUAACAAUAGCUAAGUUUGAAUACAAUGUUGACCUCAACUGAAAUGCUUUACUUAAAGUUCACAAAAGUAUAGAUAUAUACUUAUAAGAAAUAAAACAGGAAAAGAUUAUCGAUAAUUUAAUUUGAAAUAUUUAUUUGAAAAAGAAAUACGAAAUAUGUAAUCUGAUUUUGAACGUUGAAAUGCCCUUACAUGGUUUAAAAAACAUCUCGCAUCGUAUUUGCUGUGCGUUUACUCGUCGAAUGCUGUGAACAAAAUACGUUUCUCUUAAAGUGUGAAUGCAAAAAAAAAUGAAUACGUUUUUUAUGCUAUUCAGAAACAUGAAGGUUCAUUGUACACAAAGCUGGAAAGACGGGGCUAAUAAUUAAGACAAUUAAGGCCAAGAACUGACUUCCACGAGGCAAAAGGCAAAGGCCAUGACUGUCCAAGGCAAAUGACCAAAAUUCAAGGCCAAUGACUUGUGACCUGGGGGUGGGGGGGUCAAUGUCAAGAUCAAGGAUUGACUAGCCAAGGAAAGGUCGAUCCCCAAGGUAAGGACUUGUGACCCGGCGGGGAAACGUGUGACCUCUGGGCGCAAGGCCAAUUAUAGCCAAGGACUGAAAGUGCCCAAGGCAAAGGACCCCAAGGUCAAUCAAGGACUUGUGACCUCCUGGCGGUCAAGGCCAAGACCAAUCAAGGACUAAGUCAGAGGACAAGACCAUUACUAUUUUAUAUGUAGAAUGGGUGAAGGAAAAGCUAUGGCUUACAUCUGUCAUGAAUUAUUAUUUUCAGUAGCGAGUAUUGUGUUAUGACUCUCUGAAACUCUUAUGUAAUAAGUGGAGCCAAUUCUGAAAAGAAAAAAAACAAUUUAGAUCCUGUGAACUAUGAUAAAUGUGAAGUACACUUACACAGAAAGAAUAUAAUUUGUUUCAUUGGUAUAAGUCAAGACAUUUAUCAAAGUUGUUAUAAAUAUCUACAUUAUGGUCGAACUCUUGAUUUGUUGGCGAUGCUAUGGUGUCUAGUUCAUGUGGCUCUGUCGGUCUGUAGUUCUCUUCCUCCUCGAUAGCUCAAGAGGGGUGAGUUAAUGUUAUGAUCAAAGACACUUUAUACAAAAAAUGUAUUGAAUUUUGAUAAUUGAUCUGUAUAUUUUCUUGUUUAUUGAAUUUAUGAAGUUCGGAACUUGUACAUCAUUUUUCUUACGUUGUUGGAUAAUGCGCAGAAUUAUAAUGAACGAUAAUUAUGAAUAUUAUAUGAUUGGCCAAAACUUGCGACGUCAAGAAAAUGUUAUUGAUUAUUAUGAUGAAAAUAUAUGAAAAUGUUUGAACGAUAUGACUGAUUCAAUGUAUCCUAUCAGUUUAUUUGAUAAAUAAUCCUAUUUGUUUUGGAAAGUACAUUUUUAUGAAAAACAAUCAAUGUGAGUAAUUCCAUCAGAAGUGGUCGUUAUUUUUAUAUUAUUUUAUGAAGUAGGCAUCACUAGUACUCUAUAUAAAAUAGUGUAUGUUAUGUGGACAAGAUGUAAAAAGAAUGAAUAUAUAUAAAAGAGUUACGUAAAAUAAUUUGAUUCGUUAUUGUUUUGUUUAUAUUAUGAAAUAAAGGUUCCUUUUUAUUG